AUCCUCGGAGACCCAGGUCCGAGCGGCGCGGGCGAGGCAGCGCUUGUGGGGAGCCCGGAGCCGGGAAAGGGGGACGCUCUCUCUGCGCGCCAACGUCCCCUCACGGCCGCCUCACUCCGGCGGCCAAUGGCGCGUCGUCUUCCCUCAGAGCGCCUGGCCAAUGGCUCCCCGCGCUCCUCUCCGGCCCACCCCGCGUGAGCGGCGCGGCCAAUCGCCAGCCCCGUGGCCGGAGGUCGACGCUCCGGAGCUCGACCAAUGGCCGCAGACGCCCGAUCGGCCUCGGGCUUCAAACCGGCCAAUGAGGCGCCCGCCCGAGAAUCACCCUCUCCCCGUCCUUCCCUAUCACGUGAGACGUGAGCAGUGGGCGGGGCCUGGGAGAGGCGACGGGAGGCCAGAGGCACCAUGGAGCGAACGGCGGCGAAGUUCCAGCCCAGCGAGCACCAGCACCUGCGGUACAACCCCCUGCGGGACGACUGGGUUCUGGUCUCUGCCCACCGUAUGCGGCGCCCGUGGCAGGGGCAGGUGGAGAAGCCCCCCCAGGAGGACAUUCUGCGCUGCGACCUGGCCAACCCCCUGUGCCCGGGAGCCACGAGAGCCAAUGGCGAGGUGAAUCCUAACUAUGAAGGUACAUUUGUCUUUGACAAUGACUUCCCUGCUCUGCAGCCGGAUGCCCCUGAGCCUGAUGCUGGUGACCAUCCCUUGUUCCGCGCAGCAUCUGCUCGAGGCGUGUGCAAAGUGAUGUGCUUCCACCCUUGGUCCGAUCUGACUCUGCCCCUCAUGUCGCUGGCUGAGAUCCGUGCCGUGAUUGACAAAUGGUCCGAGAUCAAUGUGGAGCUUGGCGCCAACCACGCCUGGGUGCAGAUUUUUGAGAACAAAGGAGCCAUGAUGGGUUGUUCCAACCCCCAUCCUCACUGCCAGGAGCUGAUUGUGGUUGAGAAUGAGGACUGGCUGGUGGUGGUCCCUUACUGGGCCGUCUGGCCCUUCCAGACGCUCUUGUUGCCUCGGCGACACGUCUGCCGCCUCCAGGACCUUCAGCAUCAUGAGAGAGACAGCUUGGCUUCCGUCAUGAAGAGGCUUCUCACAAAGUAUGACAAUCUCUUCCAGAUCUCCUUCCCUUACUCCAUGGGAUGGCACGGGGCACCUACGGGGUCGUUCCUGGGUGCAGACUGCCGCCACUGGCAGCUGCACGCCCAUUACUACCCUCCGUUGCUGCGCUCGGCCACGGUGCGCAAAUUCAUGGUCGGGUACGAAAUGCUGGCUCAGGCCCAGAGGGACUUGACUCCAGAGCAGGCUGCCGAGCGACUGAGGAACCUGCCUGAGGAACACUGUCGGCUGAAAACGAGGGAUGCUUCGUAGGGCGGCUUCUGUGGAGCCUGUUGUGUUUCUGGUCUCCUCUGAUGCCCUGCACAAGCCCCCUUGCUUCAAUAAAUGGAAACUGGGGCAGGGGAAUGACUCCUGGCCCGGUGCCCACGUUGAGCCCUUCCACGGACGGACCACUUCUUUUCAACGGUUGCCUUCCCAGCCGUGGGAGCUCGCGGCCUUGAGACGAACCGCCAUCAAGGAGGGAGGCUAUGGGAUCUUGGUGGACCCCCCGGUUCUCCUGUGGCCUCCCAAGGUAACGACCACGGCAGGGUUGUUUCCACAGUCGGUUUAUGGGCGGAUUGCCUCUGCUCCACUCCAUCCCGGUUGAGUUGAAGAUCUCUGUGGCCCGUGACACUAGUCUCAUGUUAUGAAGAUCCUUUGGAAGGAGGCCAGGAGAUUGGCUGAAGGUGCCGGCCAAAGAACAGCUGUGGUGCGGUGGCCAGACGGGAACUGGAGCAUGGCUGGUCUGAUCCCAGGGUUCUCCUGUCUUAUUUCAUGACCUGUGCCUUAUCCUGUGCUGAAAAGUCAUCCUCUUUGCCUGGAUUAUGUUGACUUGUAUGCUUCCCACCAAGGCCAGUGGAGAGGUCGCCUUGGUCACUCACUCACGACGAGAGGGUGCCGGCAGGUCUCCUGAUUAAAAGUCAGACGGCCUUGUUUAUCCCCCCCCCUCCGCGGA